GAUCCAUACAUAUCGAUAUAUAUAGCAUCUCGAUUAUUAUGUGUAUGGCAACAGUGGCGAGUGAGUGGUGACUGUAGCAAGUAUGGCUGCCGAUUGCAAACGUGUACGAACAAAUGUAACGGUCGCCGGUGCGCCUUCCUUUCCCCCCGUGUUUUUCUCUCUCUACCUCACAAAUACCACCAAAAUGGAGUUAUUCUUCGUACAAUCGUACUCACUACUAAGGUUACAAAACCUGAAGAACAAAGGAAAAUUAAAGGAAGCAGCAAAUUCCAGCGAAGAGACGAUCGGAAAAUCGGCUACCGAUUCGACAUUUUUCAUUCGGAAAAUCGUCUCCAUUUCUACGUUCGAGUUUCCUCUGAAGCGCGCCGAUUUGGAAAAGAAAUUCAUAUCUGAAGAAAAAUAUGAAGAACGUAAUGGGUGAUAUACAAGAUCUGAUCGAGGAAGCUAAGCUUCGGACGGUGUGGUGGAUUCUGUGUAUAUUCGCAGUGACUUACUUCUUGACACAUACCAGUAAAUCAAUGCUAAUGAAUAUUCCAAUAGCCGUCCUCUUGGUAUGUGGACUAAGAAUAUUAUUUAAUGAGGUGGAGUUCCAAUGGAAAAUUCGAAAUACGAGAAGAGUAUCCUACUUGUCACACUUGGAGAAGAAGCAACUAUCUGUGAAUGAUUCUCGUAUCUGUGCCCAACCUCCCACACAAGAAUGGAAGAGAAAAAUAGAUUCCCCCGUUGUCGAAGCAGCUAUUGAGGAUUUCACAAAUAAAAUUUUGCAUGAUUUUGUCAUAGAUUUGUGGUAUUCAUAUAUUACACCUGAUAAAGAGGCACCACAGCUUAUACAUGAUAUAAUCAUGGAUGCUCUUGGAGAAGUAUCUGGAAGAAUCAAAGAAGUAAAUCUUGUUGACCUGUUAACAAGGGACAUAGUAGACCUGAUUGGAGAUCAUAUUGACCUCUUUAGAAGAAAUCAGGCUGCUAUUGGCAGGGAUGUUAUGGGAACACUGUCUUCUGAAGAACGGGAUGAAAGUUUGAAACACCAUCUCAUGGCCUCUAAGGAGCUUCAUCCUGCUUUGAUAUCUCCAGAGUGUGAGUACAAGGUAAUUCAGCAGCUCAUGAGUGGACUUUUAGCUGUUGUGUUACAACCAAGGGAAGGGCAAUGCCCUUUAGUUCGAUGCAUGGCUCGAGAGAUCUUAACUAGCUUGGUAGUGCAACCUCUUAUGGAUUUUGCUAGCCCAAGUUAUAUCAAUCAGUUGAUUGAGUAUAUAAUCCUUGCCUAUAAAGAGUGGUUCAAGGAUGUUUUCACUGAUCAAUCACCUAAUGUGGAGGAGGUUCAUAACCGUGAUCACACAGUUUCGGGAGAACAUGGUACCAACAAUCAAGGAGCUGACGAAUCUUUAUCUCGAUUGAAUGAUAACAAGGAACUAGAGCCGGGCGCCUCUGUAAAUCUCUUAUCUUGUACAGAUGAAUCCAUACAUUCACGACCCGCUGAAUGGGCAAAAGUGUUUGAUGCAGCAACUCAAAGAAGAACAGAAGUUCUUAUGCCUGAAAACCUUGAGAACAUGUGGACUAUAGGAAGAAACUAUAAAAAGAGACUCCAAAAGAAGCCUAGUUCAGAAUUUCAAGUCCCUGAAGUCACAAGCAUGACAUCACCUAGAAUAGAAGAUAAAGCUUCGAAGAAACUAAAACCUUGCAUCCAACAAGAUAAUCGAUCUACUGAUCCUAGUACUGAUGCCUUAACCAGGUCACAAGACCUUAGCAAGAAUGCAUUUUCAGAGGAAGGGUCUGCUAUUCAUGAGCUGGAAGAUGCUGCUAAUGUUGUUUCCCAUGAAAAUGGAAAUAGUCUUAAGAGAUCAAACAGCAGUAUUGAUUCAGACGUUCAGUCGAACCUGGAACACGUGUCUACUAGUAAAGACACUGCACCAUCCACUAUUACUGAAUCCUACACUGCAGAGGUUAACGAAGGUAAUGCAGACAGUAUGAAGAUCAGUUCAAAUAUGGUACCACACAGCAAUGUUCUGCAUGCCCCCAAGUUGAGAUGUCGGGUUAUUGGAGCAUACUUCGAGAAACUUGGCUCAAAUUCUUUUACAGUUUACUCAAUCUGUGUGACUGACGCUGACAACAUCACUUGGUUAGUCAAGAGAAGAUAUAGGAAUUUUGAGAGAUUGCAUAGGCAUCUUAAGGACAUUCCUAACUAUACCUUACAUUUGCCUCCAAAAAGGAUAUUCUCUUCAAGUACAGAGGAUGCUUUUGUUCACCAACGUUGUAUCCAGCUUAACAAGUAUCUUCAAGAUCUUUUGGCAAUUGCCAAUGUUGCUGAGCAACAUGAAGUAUGGGAUUUUUUGAGCGCCUCGUCUAAGAAUUAUUCGUUUGGAAAAUCGCCUUCUGUGAUGACAACUCUAGCAGUUAAUGUGGAUGAUGCUGUCGAUGAUAUUGUGCGCCAGUUCAAAGGGGUUUCUGAUGGUCUAAUGCGGAUAAUGGUUGGCUCACUGUCUUCUUCUGAUGAACAGACUUCUUCAGUUACAAGCAGAAACUUGUCCUGGAAUUCUGAUGAAACGAAUAAGUUGGUUAUGAGGCAAUGUACAUUAGAUUCUCUUGAUAGUUUCUCUGAUAACGAGGAAGGUGAUAAGGAUGUAAACCAUGGACAACAUGAACUAGAAUAUUCCACACAAGCGAAUGAAUCACCUUCAGACAAUGAACUGAAAGAGGAUCCGACAGGGGUGCCGCCAGAGUGGACACCACCAAAUCUAAGUGUUCCAGUCCUGAACUUAGUUGAUAAAGUAUUUCAGCUCAAAAGAAGAGGCUGGCUAAGGAGGCAGGUCUUUUGGAUAUCAAAGCAAAUAUUGCAAUUACUCAUGGAGGAUGCCAUUGACGACUGGCUUUUAAGGCAAAUUCAAUGGCUCCGUAGGGAGGAUGUUAUCGCGCUAGGGAUUCGAUGGAUCCAAGAUAUUCUAUGGCCUGAUGGAACAUUCUUUAUGACAUUGCGCAUUCAAAACAAACUAAGAGGCGGUCAAGCUAACCAGGGAUCAGGAAAUAAAGAGAAACAAGUUGGGAAAACGGUCACUCAACCAGAAUCAUUUGAGCAACAGCUCGAAGCUGCUCGCAGAGCUAGUGAUAUUAAAAAACUAAUCUUUGAUGGUGCUCCAACUGCUUUGGUCAGCAUGAUCGGGCAUAAGCAAUACAGACGUUGUGCUAGAGAUAUAUACUAUUUCCUUCAGUCUACGAUUUGCUUGAAGCAACUUGUGUACGGAAUAGUGGAACUUGUUUUGAUAUCGAUAUUUCCAGAACUGCGUGAAGUUGUGAGGGAUAUCCAUGAAAAGAUGCAUAUGCAGCCUCCAUAGAAAGAUAAAUGAGAAUCUAAUAUUAUUACCAAUUCGCAGGUCGAUAUAUGUAAGUCGAGAAUCUCAUCUGCAAACUAUCUAUAUAGUUAGUUUUUCUUCUUAACAUUCGAUUGCCGUUUCCCAAAAUCGAAUAGAUUCAUGAAAGUGGAAGAGCCCUUCAUUUCACCCUACAAGACCUUCAUCAUAAUUAAUGGGAAGUACAUUAGGAUUUUCUUUUU